UUUUAGUUUCCUAUUUUUAACAUAAAAAAGAAAAGCUGAAGACAAGAAAAUCGAGGGAUUUUACAUAAGAUCUGGCGCUGGUAUUGAAGUUCGGUCGAGAGCAUGUUGUUCCACAUUUGUGUUUGUAUUUACACUCACCAAAAAUGAGAUCUUGAUGUUGGGCUUUAGGCUGCAUAAAAUGGGGAUCUGUUUGAGCAAUCAGAUAAAGGCUGAGAGCCCUUUUCAUACCGCCACAGGAAAUUUCUCAAAUUGUAUAAAAUGGUUGUUGAUAGGUGCAACCUCGUCUAAAACGAUAAGCGCAGAUGUGACCGAGUUGAGCAGUUCGAGUAGCAAGAGAUCCUCUGCUUCCAUACCUCCAACUCCUCGGAGUGAAGGUGAGAUAUUGCAGUCCUCCAACAUGAAAAGCUUUGCAUUCAGCGAUCUCAAGGAUGCCCCGACAGCGUGUUGGGGGAGGGAGGUUUUGGUUCUGUUUACAAAGGUUUGAUCGAUGAGCAUUCCCUCGCAGCAUCACGACCUGGCUCUAGCAUGGUUGUUGCUGUCAAGAGAACGUUUCCAAAUCCGAGACCAGUCCCUGAUUAGCAUCCUUUUUAUAUUUAUUGAUAGAGAAGAAAAGAGGGUGAGCCAAAAUUUGACAAUAGAUAGAAAAGGUGUCAAACAAGAAGAACAAUGCAUGUUGUAGUUGUAGAAAUGAGUUAGUUAAUAAUAAUGUGAGGUGAGACAUCACAAUCAGUUGGAAAAUGAGGCGCCGAAUUAUUAGUCUUCGCUUAUCCAGUUGUACAAAAUAUAUAACCUCCACUAGUUCUUAGCUACUGUUAUACUUUACUUAUCUUUAAAAUCAAUCAUUA